AGGCUGAGACAAGGCGUGCUGAGGUAGUGGAAAAAAGAAGAAGUAGUCGGUAUUAUCGACGUUCUUUGCAGGCAGAGCCGGCACCCACUGCUGAGGUCUUAUCAGCAGGCGAACAUGGCAGCUCCCGCAAAGCCACCUUCUCCAGGGAAGCUGCCCCCUGCGACAACUGCAAAACCAACAGCACAACCGCCUGUGCAGCCAUUUGGAUCUCUUGCUGCUGAAGUUGCCGCCGCAGCCCACAAUCGUUCUGUGGGAGGAACACCGGGUGGCAACCCUGUGAACGCAGGGUCUCCUGCGAAACCCGCAGCAUUCCCUUCCAAAUUUCCCCCGCCUGUCAGUAGUAACCCGGCACCUGCGGAAUCUCCGCAAAAAGCUGCAGCAAAUGCUCCAGCUGAACCGACAAAGGCCUUUGUACCUCCGGCUGUGAAGCUUCUCGCCGACAUCACAGCGAAAACGCCGCCCGCGAAACCUGCGUCGCCCGCAGCAAACCAGCCUCCUGCACCCCCACCCCCACCUCAAGGCCAGGUUUCGCCUCCUCCCGCUGCACCACCGCCUCAAGACAAGGUUUCGCCUUCUCCCGCUGCACCACCGCCUCAAGACCAGAUUCCGCCUCCUGCCACUGCACCACCGGCUCCUACCACUGCACCACCGCAGGAGGAACAGUCUACCCCACUGCCAGCUGGUGAGGAGAAGCCCACCUCCAGUGAGCCAGCUCCAGUAGCGGAACAGCCUGAACAUGCAGAACCUGCGCCGCACGUUGUGGCGGAAGUUGUGUUGAAAUCUGCACCAGGAGAAGAACCUCCCCCACCACCGCCCCCUCCACCUCCAGCUCCUCUGCCUUCUGUUACCUCUCCGAGCGAAGCACCAGGUGGGAAACUGCAGGGACAAGCGGAACUCCCAAUCAAUGGCAUGAAGAGUGACAGUAAUUCGGAAGAGAAGACCAAGAAAGCGAAGAAGAAAUCCCACAAGAAAUCAACAGCUGAUAUCAAGACAUCCAUCAACAUUUAUACCAAUGCGGGCGGCUCCGCGGCUGCUCUAUCGAAUGUGUUUCCAAUGCGACCCCCUUCAAUGACAAUGGCGCGGCAGCAGGAGAGUUUUUCGAGUAGCAGUAUGAUGCCAGGGACAAUGCAGAGACAAGCCGUUCAAGUGGCAACACCGCCGCCCUUGCCCGAAAGGAAAAGUUCGGCUGCUAUGAGCAGACUCAGUAGCAGAAGCGGCGUGCCCAUUUCACGGGCAAAUUUAAUCGGGCCGUCAGGUUCCGGGGUACAACCAAUGCUAAUGAUACCGAUACCGAAGCGGAUGCCGAGGCCCGUGUCUCAGACUUUCAGGCAAGACGAAGGCAUUACAAUGAGUCAAACGGUGUACCAGCGAACGGACCAGCAACAGGGCUUUAUGAAUCAAGUAUGCCUGCCGAAUAUGCAACCAGCAGUUCCUCAGCAGGUCGAGCCACCCACAAACGAGAUGCCGAGAUAUCUCCUGUGCCGCGUGGUGCGCCCAAACAGUCCGCAAAUGGCAGCAGUUCUUGAACAGCAGGGAGCCGUGGCGGUUGUUCCUCCCGCACACGAGGUCAAUGUGGACAACGCAGCAGCCGAGCCCACGGAGAGUAAAACAACAGUAGUGGCGAUCAAGGACGGAGGCCCCGCAGUGCCUGUGAAAAUUGCCCCAGUGCCAGUGAAUAUUUCCGCAGUGCCAGUGAAAAUUCCGAGCUCACGUUCUGCGACAGUCUCCGCUUCUAGGGCUCCCGACCAAAUUAUUCGGCUUGAGGUCUUGAACAUAACGCCUGGAUCGAAUGUCUCUGCGGUCGAAUGCCUGGAAGAAGGCGUGAGAGGGGAGGGUCCGCUGCACGUGGACGUAGAAACAGAAAUGGAUCCGCCACCUGCUGCCAGCAACCCAAAGGAAGGAAAAACAAAUCAGGCACAGGAACAGAACCCUCCAGCCACGCAUCCGCCACCUACAGCUCCGAACAUAGCACCAGUGGCCGGGAAAAGUAUUGUUCCAGACCUGAAUGCCAAGAAGACACAUGCCGUCGUAGCAGCUGCUGUCGCCGGAAUUGUCCUGCUCAUGCUCGUAGUUUACAUAGUGAGCACCCCGAGCCACGCACAUCGACUUGCGCACUCCUCGGCUCGCUCGGCCGUGGUUUACACACCCGAUGUAACGGAGGAGUUAGUACCGAGGGAGAUCGGUGACAGCCGCCAGGUGUAUGCCUUCAAGAAAGAGAAUCAACCCUACUGGAACCUCUGACGAGCCCACGGCGUGACAGAUUCGGUUGUUGCAGCGUACGCUGUAAAUGUGGAAAGUCUGUCUAAUAAAUAUCGGCGGAUCACAUGUGUA